AAAACAAGGUCUUACAUGUUUGCAGGGAAAGUAUGUGUUCUUUCUUCCUCAUAUUACUUUUUCAUUCUUGUUUGGGGGAUUGCAGGACUUCAAAUAUUUCAUUAUGUACACUUUGAAUAAUAUAUAACUCAGUAACCAGGCAUAUCAAGCAGAUAUAUAAUAUAGUUACCUAUAUAUACAAUUACCCAACAUAAGUUAUAAUCUAAAUAAUUUUCUUCUCAAAAUGUAGUUUAUUCGAAUCUAUCGACUGGUUUGAAACAAAAAUAUUAUUUAUUUUUAUUAUGUAACAAUUUUGAUAAAUACCUUUGUUCAGCAAAGAAUAAAAAAUUCUUACAAAAACUCGUCCAACUCAAAUACGCAUACAGGUAUGUACAUAUAAUAUAUUCACCCAUGCAUGUAUUUCUCAUAUUUUAAUUGUUUAAUUUGUAGAUACAUCAUUUGGGGAGAUUACAGUAAUGACAGCAAAUGAUUCCUCUGAAGCAGUAUAUCCAGGCUUAGAGGUCAAUGCAGCAACAUUGAUAUUGUAAUCAACGAUUAUGAUAUCCCUGGUUUGAAUGGUUUGCAACUUAAAAAGAAGAUUAAAGAAGAAUUUGGAAAUCUACCUGUUAUUGGUAAGGGUUUUCCAUCCCACUUAUCGAACGUUAAUUAUUAUUUUUUCAUAUCAACAAGUUAUUAUAUAUAUAAUGAUAUUUUUUUAAGAAAAUAGCUGAUAAUUAGAAAUAUAACUUUUUACUGUCCUCAUUGCUUAGUUUUUAACCUUUUACUGAUUUUCUUUGCACGGACUAACAUGUUUGGUUAUAGACUCUGUUUCUUUUCAACCCAUUUUUAAUCAAUUUACGGAAACACACAAAAAUAACGUCUAUUUAAAAUUAGUCAUAUAGACAUCCCUAUAAUAAUAAUAAAAGAAGCAUUGCGCGAUGACAACCAGAGCUUGACAAAUUAUCCGUAAAUUUGAAGCAAAAAGCAAAAUGUGAUAUUCGUAAAAAAUGAAACAAAUCACAAAUAUUAUUUUCUGAAAAGGUGGAUAUCCGAUCCGAUUUAUAUAUUUAUAGAUAUGUAAUGUAAUUGUAUAUACAAACUACUAUUAUAUAUAUAUACAUAUUUUAUGAUAUAAUUUGAUUAGUUUUUAUUUUAAAUUGUUUUUUCAAAUUUCUUUUGUAAAUUGCAUAUCUAAUUUAAUUUUAUAUUGAGUCAAAUGUUAACAUAUGAGUUUUCUUAUUAGGCUUGUUAAUAUUGAAUUUUGCUCACAAUUUAUGUUAAAAAUGUUAAUAUGACAUUAUUAUUUUAUUUAAUUGAUAUUUUUAAAUUUUUUAUUUAAUUUUAAUGUUAUAUAUUAUUUUUUAUUUUUUAUUUUAAAAUAUAUAUAAUUAACGGAUUGAAUCGUAUAAUCCGCAACUAUUUAAAAAAACUCCGGAUAUCAAGAAUUUUUGGAUCAAAACGAAUCACAAAUGUAAAUAUUCAUUUGGGACGGAUCGAAUCAUGAAUAAUGCAAAUUUUUCGGAUAUCCACCCCUUAUCCAGGCCUAAUGACAAGGCAACAAGAUAACCAUUGCUUGUAAUUAUUUUAGGUGAUUAAUAUAAUUGUAUGUCCCUCAAUAGAAAGAGAUGAUAUGAUGUUGACAAAGAAACAAAAGAAAUUUUACUUGUGACUAUUUUUGAGAUAUAUUAUUAAAUUUCAUUGCUCAAAAUUACCUGUAUUUUUUGAUAAAUAUUUUCCAAAUCUUUGCUCAAUAAAAAAUAAUAUAAAUAUAAAGAUAUAUAUAUAUAUAUAUAUUAAAAAUCUAAAAUGAGAAGUAUUCAUUUCCUAUUUAAAAGGGAUCUGUUUUUAGAAAAUAUAUAGGGACUACUAUAAAAUGAGAAAAUAAAUCAAAAUCUUCUUUAUAUGUAUAUAUGUAACACUUAAUGACAGCUAAGGUAAACCAAUACUAUCCUUUUAAAUAUGACAUAUAUAUAUAAUAUAUAUAAACAUAACAAUGCAAUAAGAAAAUCUUGCAAAGAAAAACUAAUUAUCAAAGAUCACAGGUCAGUGUUGAUAAGAAGAAGAAAACAACACUAUAAGCCACUAAUUGAUAUGCAAUAUCUUAAACAUCGUCGUUGAUUUAUUUGUUCUUAAAUUGUUUUUCUUAUAGUCUCAGUUGAUGAUGCUAACAAGCUCCUUUCCGACUUUUGUCUGUGUUUGAUUGAUUUCUACAGUGAUUUCAGCAAACAUGAAAAAUGAAAUUGAGCAAGAAAGUUUAUCCUGUGGAGCACCGUGCUUCGUAAGAAAACCGAUCAAACCAAACGAUCCCAACAACAUGUGGAAGCAUGCUCUAGACCGCAGAAUUAACGAUGGUUCAAUCCAGGACGAUACAGAUGGUUCAAUCCAGGACGAUACAGAUGGUUCAGAGAAAAUCCAGGAGAAAACUUCAAGUAGUGAUCCAUGUGAUGGAGAUUCUUCAUCAAAGAAGACUAAAAGGGUUACGAUCAAAUGGACGUCAGCCCUUGAAAAUGAAUUUUUCAUGGCCAUUGAACACAUUGGCCUUCAUAAGGCCACGCCUAAGAGGAUUUUAAAAUUCAUGGACCAGAAAUCCCUGACGAGAGCACACAUAGCCAGCAAACUACAGAAGUACCGACGAAACUUGAAAAGAGAUGAAGAUCAAAGAAUGAAGGACAGAAUAGCUAUGCACUCAACAUUUUCAUCAGCAGAUGGCUACAUCAACCCACAACACUCUUACAACUACAACACAAGGCUAGGCAACAACAAUCUUUUCAAUGUCCAACCUGGCUAUGGUCUCGGUCAAACUAGCUUCAUGGGGAACAACAAUGCUGGUUUACAUGACUCUCUCAACUGUAUGAACCGUAGACCCACCUAUGAUUUGAGCCAAACCGGAUCCAAGUUGCUUCCCAUGAGAGGCAAUCUUGGGUUUCAAAACGGUAUGCUGCCUGUAAAAGAGGAAUGGAGAAGCAUUCCCGGAACAUCUCAAGCUCCUAGGUUUGGACAAUAUGGUACAACAAGCAAUGCUUUGGGUAUGAACUAUAAUCCUACUACUGGUACUAUGGGCAGUAAUAAUUACGUUGGGAUCAGAGGAGAUGAAAAUGGAGAUUUGGUUGGACUUGGUGGAUUAAGAGUUAAUGGUAAUGGUAAUGGCUCUUUCAGUGGAGCAAGGGUUCAUGGUACUGGUAGUGGCUCUCUUCAAGGAAUGAGCGUUUAUGGUAAUGGUCAUGGGUCGUCUCUUGGUGGAAGAGGAGUUCAUGGUACUGGUAAUGGCUCUCUUGAACGAAUGAGAGUUCCUGGUAAUGGUCAUGGUACUGGUAAUGGCUCUCUAGGUGGAAUAAGAGUUCAUGGUACUGGUAAUGGCUCUCUUGAAAGAAUAAGAGUUCCUGGUAAUGGUCAUGUUACUGGUAAUGGUCAUGGUACUGGUAAUGGCUCUCUUGGUGGAAUAAGAAUCCAUGGUAAUAAUAAUGGAAUAAGAAUUCAUGAUACUAGUAAUGGCUAUGGCUCUUUUGGUGGAGUAAAAGUUCAUGGUACUGGUAAUAGUAAUUUCUCUCCUGAUGGAAUCAUAGUUCAUGGUAAUAGUAACAGUAAUGACUCUCUUGGUGGAAUAAGAGUUCAUGGUACUGACUCUGUUGGUGGGAUAAGAGUUCAUGGUACUGAUGCUGGCUCUGUAGUUGGAGGAAAUGUUCAUGGUACUAGUAAUGGUAAUGGUUCUCUUGGUGUAAAUUUUGGCAUGAACUGUAACUUCAAUAACAACAACAUGAGUAACCAUGGAAGUUCAACUCCAAUGUUUCCUUCUGAAUUGUCAUCGUUCUUUGGUAAUAAGGAUCAGUCACAAAACAACUUGAUUGCUCAAACUGGUGGUGUGAUCCCUGCACUAGAGAAACCCAAAAUGUUUAGUGAUCACCAUGACAUCAACGAGGUUUUUUCUGAUACAAAUAACUCUCAGUUUCAUCAGAAUCAGCAUCAAGGUAACCUGGCUGGUGUAAAUGUUGGCAUGAACUGGAACUUCAAUAACAACAACAUGAGUAACUAUGGAAGUUCAACUCCAACGUUUCCUUCUGCAUUGUCAUCGUCCUUGGGUAAUAAGGAUCAGUCACAAAACAACUUGAUUGCUCAAACUGGUGGUGUGAUCCCUGCACUAGAGAAACCCAAAAUGUUUAGUGAUCACCAUGACAUCAACGAGGUUUUUUCUGAUACAAAUAACUCUCAGUUUCAUCAGAAUCAGCAUCAAGGUAACCUGGCUGGUGUAAAUGUUGGCAUGAACUGGAACUUCAAUAACAACAACAUGAGUAACUAUGGAAGUUCAACUCCAACGUUUCCUUCUGCAUUGUCAUCGUCCUUGGGUAAUAAGGAUCAGUCACAAAACAACUUGAUUGCUCAAACUGGUGGUGUGAUCCCUGCACUAGAGAAACCCAAAAUGUUUAGUGAUCACCAUGACAUCAACGAGGUUUUUUCUGAUACAAAUAACUCUCAGUUUCAUCAGAAUCAGCAUCAAGGUAACCUGGCUGGUGUAAAUGUUGGCAUGAACUGGAACUUCAAUAACAACGACAUGAGUAACCAUGGAAGUUCAACUCCAACGGUUCCUUCUGCAUUGUCAUCGUUCUUUGGUAAUAAGGAUCAGUCACAAAACAACUUGAUUUCUCAAACUGGUGGUGUGAUCCCUGCACUAGAGAAACCCAAAAUGUUUAGUGAUCACCAUGACAUCAACGAGGUUUUUUCUGAUACAAAUAACUCUCAGUUUCAUCAGAAUCAGCAUCAAGGUAACCUGGCUGCUGUAAAUGUUGGCAUGAACUGGAACUCCAAUAACAACAACAUGAGUAACCAUGGAAGUUCAACUCCAAUGUUUUCUUCUGCAUUGUCAUCGUUCUUUGGUAAUAAGGAUCAGUCACAAAACAACUUGGUUUCUCAAACUGGUGGUGUGAUCCCUGCACUAGAGAAACCAAAAAUAUUUAGUGAUCACCAUGACAUCAACGAGGUUUUUUCUGAUACAAAUAACUCUCAGUUUCAUCAGAAUCAGGUAGAAUGAUUAAUAACUGAUCAUAUGAUUUUAGCUUUCCUUUUACUUAUCUUAAGGCAAUGUUUUGAUUCAUAUAUAUAUAUAUAUAUAUAUAUAUAUAUAUAUGUGCAUGAUUUUGAGCAGCAUCAAGGUAACCUGACUGGUGUAAAUGUUGAGGCGCCUACUGCUUAUCCUCUUGAAGACAUUAGCAGUUGGAGUUUCAAUGACGUAAGUCAUAUUUAUGUUACUCUCUUUUUUUGUUUAUAUUUUAUUUACUUUUUAUCUUUUUCUUAUUUUUUACCUUAACUUUAUUUACCUUUCGGUUGUGUGUAUGUGCAUCUAUAUGAUUGAACAUUUACUAACCAUAUAGAACAAUGAAUUAUUUGUUUUAAGGGUACCAAUAAUGAAGAGAUGUUGGACACUCUCGUUGCUAAUCUGGAGAUGUAUUUGCCUACUCAGGACAUGAACAUUACAAAUCAAGUAAACCUGGUUUAUAUCACUACGAGAUCCUUUUGUGUAUGUGUGUCUAUUAUGGAUUGAACGUUUCUUAACAAUAUACACACAAUGAAUGAUUUGAUUGAAGGGUAAUAAUCAUGAAGAAAUGUUUAACUCUCUUGCUGCUAAUCCGGAGAUGCACUUUCCUACUCAGGACAUGAACAUUACAAAUCAGGCAAGUCUUGUUUCUAUUGCUGAAAGAUUCUUUUUGACCUUAGAUUGCUUUCAUGUAAAAAGACGUGACAAAUCAUUGAUAUUUGAAAACUGAUUGCAUAGGAACAUGGUAGUUUUGACCUAAUUAUUUUGAUAGUCUUACUCGAACUUUACACUCUGCAAGAAAAACACGUUAUAUUUGUGAAAAUAUUGUGACGAAAUGUAUUUUUCCAGUUUUCCAUUUAUACACGUCUUUAUCUAUUAUAUUAUAUUAAAUUUACGAAAUGUUAUAUUUGAAUUACAGUACACCCAACUUCUUAUAUCAAAUUUAUUUACUGUUGUGUGUUUGUAUAUUUUAUAGGAUUGUGACGAUGAAGACUUCAUGGACUAUUUGAUCGAUCCUGACAUGAAUUGAAAAAGCUCUUUCAGUUUCGCUGACUUGAAAAUUUACAUUAAGCAUUUAUAAACAAGUUCGGCCUGGUGCUUUCAAUGCUGGGACUAUUUGGUUAUUUAUUUUAUUCAAAACUGGGACUAUUUGGUUAUUUAUUUUAUAUGUUUAAUUGGUUGUAUUGAAGAACUAUGAAUAUUUCAUAUAUAACUUUCCUAUAAAAAUAUUUGUUUUUAUGAAGCUUAGUGCUAAACAAGUCUUCCAUAUUUUUUUCUCAACAAUAUACAUUAUGCGUUUUGAACUCGGGCCGGGUAAUGAAACAUCUUUAAUUACAUCAACGAUGCUACCAGCUAAAAGCUAGACUACAUAUCAUGACCAAGUCUUAGAGUUAUUUAGAGAUAGACUUGGGUUAUAUAUUAACUGAAAUAUGAUUGAUUACUAGUAAAUAAAAUUUCUGUUAUAUUGCAAUGUAUUAUAGUUUAUUAUAACGACUGUUUGGAAGUUUAUGGUUUGUUUCAACGGUUUGUC